AUGGUGGCCGCCGGCUCUCAUUUCCAAGUUCCGCACGUCAGCCAGCAUCCGCAGGCGGCUGUUCAGCAGGAGAAUUACGCCCAACGCCACACACAGAUGGUGGCCGCCGGCUCUCAGGUACAAGUUACGCGCGUCGGCCAAAAUCCGCAGAUGGCUGUUGAGCAGCAGAAUUACGCCCAACGCUACACACAGAUGGUGGCCGCCGGCUCUCAGGUACAAGUUACGCGCGUCGGCCAAAAUCCGCAGAUGGCUGUUGAGCAGCAGAAUUACGCCCAACGCUACACACAGAUGGCCGCCGAUGAUGCCUCCGUUCCCCACAUGGCUCCUCGUCACACACUUUGCGUCCUCGCCGCAUCGGCCCGGCCGUUGAUGGUGCUUUUUCUGCCGCCGUUGCCCAGGAAUUUGCGCGAUUCCCUGCUAGCCGUGGCGCUCUCAUUUUUCCUGUUCGGCUACCAAGUGCAAGAGAAGAGCAUCCCCUUCCAAACCACAUGGUUCCUUUCGCUUACUAAUACUAGCAUGUAUUCGUUGUGCUUGAAGGACGGCAACCCGUUGCUCGUGUUCCUCUUUGUUGUCCACGCCCUCAACUGCCACAUGUUCUACCAGCGGGGAUACAGGAUGUGCAUGCAGCGCAAGCCGCCCGACCGGACGGCCGCCUUCCAGCCUUACGCGCAGAAGCUGGACACGAAGCCGCCACAAAAAUCGUCGAUCCGAUGGGACGCGAAUCGGCCGAAGGAGUCGAUAUUGGGCGAGAUCCUGCUUCUAGUCUCGAUUCUGCUCUUCGUGCAAUUUGCGCUCACGUCUGGCGGACAUUCUGGCUAUCGAAAGCCACCGAUGCACGGCGAUUUCGAAGCGCAGCGGCACUGGAUGGAGAUCACCUGGAAUCUUCCCGUUUCUCAAUGGUACGUGCAAACGCCCGACAACGAUUUGCAGUACUGGGGCCUGGACUACCCGCCGUUGACCGCCUAUCACAGCUAUUUGAUGGGUGCAAUAGCUCAUCGCAUCAAUGGCUCGUGGGUGUCGCUGGGGCAUUCGCGCGGCAUCGAAACGCCCGAGCACCGACUUUUCAUGCGCUUCACCGCCAUCGUCCCUUUCGUGCUCAUCUACGCGUCGGCGGUGUUCUAUCUGGCGUACACAGACCGAAGCCUGGAGACUAAGUUCCUCACCUCUGCCACCCUGCUGCUCUACCCGGGGCUGAUCGCGAUGGACAACGCGCAUUUUCAAUACAACUCUAUCUCGCUCGGGCUUUUUCUUUGGGCGUACAUCUGCGUGGCGUGGGAUCGAAUGGUGUUCGGGUCAAUUUUCUUUGUGCUAGGCGUCAAUUAUAAGCAGAUGGAACUGUAUCACUCUCUGCCAAUUUUUGUCUACAUCCUGGCGCGAUCAUUGAAAAAGCCGUUGGUCUUGAGAGCUACGGAAAGCCUACUCUGCCUCCUGAAAGCUGCCGUGACGGUCAGCAUCACAUUUGCGAUCUUGUGGGCCCCAUUUCUACUUCAAGGCGCUGAUCACGUACUCUUGGUGUUGAGGAGAAUAUUCCCGUUCUAUCGAGGAAUGUUUGAGGACAAGGUAGCAAAUUUUUGGUGCGGCUUCUCCUUUGCCAUCAAGCUGAACGGAUAUUUUGACGCGGAGACGCAGAUUAGGAUAAGCAUACUUUUUGUCCUCAUUGCAUCGGCUCCGUCGCUGGUCGUGCUGUUUCUGCGGCCGUCGCCAAAGAAUCUACGCUUCUCCCUGCUGGCGGUGGCGCUCUCCUUCUUCCUGUUCAGCUACCAAGUGCACGAGAAGAGCAUCUUACUGGCGGCGAUCCCUGCCCUCCUCCUCCUACACGACCUCCCCUUCCAGGCGACGUGGCUCCUCUCGCUUACUAAUACUAGCCUGUAUUCGUUGUGCCUGAAGGAUGGAAACCCGUUGCUCGUGUUCCUCUUUGCUGUCUACGCCCUCAACUGCCACAUGUUCUACCAGCGGGGAUACGGGAUGAAAAUGUUCACCGAACGUCUUGGAGCUGUUCAGGGCGAAUUUUUGCGCUCACUUGUUCCGAUGACCUGGCUGGCCGCGGCAUCCCAGCUCGGCGCGUUCUUGCUGUGCCUCCUCGAGGCCGUCGCCGUGCCACCCGCCCAUCUACCGCACCUGUUCCCGUUGUUGAGCGCCUUCUACCAUUGCUGCCAUUUCAUCGCCCUUCUGCUCUUCCUCAACUAUUUCCUCGUCUACACCGAGUGGACGCGACGCUUCCCGCCGGUCGUCGUGCGACGCAAAAAGCAAGAA